AUAAUCAUCAUUUGGAUUUGAUGGAAAAAAAACAAAACAACAUUGUGGAUCGAUCCUUGGGUAAACAUUCGAAAAUAAUAUUGUCCGAAAAAUCAUGGAUUCAUUUAUAAAAUUUGCAUCUGGUUUAUCAACGGUUGAAAAUUAUGCACAUGAUGUUUAUAUAAAAUCCAAUUUGACUAUCGAAUUGGAUAAAGUAAUCAAUCAGAUUAUGGAAGAAAAUCAACGAUUCAAUCAUUCGAAUCCUUCAUCAAUGAAUAACGAAAACAUUGAAAAUAGAUUUAUCGUCGAGACACCUACCGUAAUGUUGUUUUGUGACCUGAUCGAAUCAAUACUGUUACAUGGUUUGAAGGAAAAAUUAUCCACAACAGUUUCGAAUGUUUUCACAUCAUCAACUCGUUCUCGGCCAAAAAAUUUAUUCUGUUUAGAUUUUUGGCCAAUAAUACGAAUCCUUUCGCAUAAUGAACAAUCAAAAAAUUUAAAAUGUCUGAAACAAAUAUCCACUGAUGUUGGCCGAUGUCGUGCAUGGAUCCGUUUGUCAUUAAAUGAAUGUUUACUUCGUAGUUAUUUAGAUAGUUUGAUUUGUGAUCAAUCAAGUUUAAAUUCAUUUUAUCGUUCAUCAGCAUAUUUACGUGAUAAACAACAUACUGAUAUGAUGAAAAAUUUACUUUCGGAAUUAGAUCCAUAUAUAUUUCGUCUUAAUGCGGAUAAUAUUUCGUUGAAUAGUUGGUCAUCCAGAACAUUGGAUUAUCUUGGUGUGAUAAUAUCGUCGGAAGAUGAAGAUUCAUAUAUGGUCGCAACGGCAUUGGAUGCCAUUCAUUUGAUUAGUAGUGAUCAGAAUCGAAUUGAGAAAUUGAAUAAACGAAAGACAAAACCAGUGAAUACUGGUGACGAUGGUAGAUCAUCAAUGGCUGAAUCAUUUGAUAAUGAAAAAUUCAUUCCAUCAUCAUCAUCAUUACCGGUGACGAUUUCGAAAACUAUUUCCGAUACAAUCGAUAUUCCGCAUCGAAAAGAUUCAAAUGACGAUGAUAAUGAGGAUUUGAAAGAAGAAGAAGAAAUACCCAGAAUCAAUGUCCAAAAUGAUGAUGAUGAUUUAUUUCAACAACAACCUCGUAAUUCAUUGACAGGUAAUUCACUUUCAAUGAGAUCUGGUUGGAGUACCCACCAGCAACCUGUUGAUGUGAAACUUGAUGAAAGUUAUAAUGCAUUAUUGGAAAGUUAUUCAACACGUGCUACCACCACCGGCAACAAAUUAUCAAGCACACCGGAUAUUGUGGAAAUUAAAAAUUCAUUUCUAACAACCAAUCCGAAUAAUCAAAAUCAAGAUUGUCGAUUAGGUGGUGGAAAUAGUUCAAUGAUGGAAAAUGAUUUUGAAAUUAUACCGAAAAAUUUGAUCGGCGUUGAUGAUGAAGAAAAUCAAAAAUUUUUCGAACAAACAAGCCGACUUUGUAAUGAAUAUGGGUUGGAUGAACAAGAUUAUAAAUGUUAUCAAUGUAAUCGUCCGAUUGGUAUGAUUUAUGGAAAAUGUAUGCAAUGUCGAAUUGAUGGUCAUCUUUAUUGUUUGGAUUGUCAUGGUUGUGAAGAAUCAUUAAUACCUGCACAGAUAAUUUAUAAUUGGAAUUUUCGAAAAUUUCCCUGUGCAAAACAAAAUAAAUCCCGUUUAUCGGUAUUGGAAAAUGAACCAAUUUUUGAUCUGAAAAUCCUUAGUCCAAAUAUUUAUUCAGCCAUCGCUGAAAUGGAAGAAAUUCUUAAUCUACGAACACAAUUAUUCUUCCUACAUGCAUACCUGUUUACAUGUCAAGAAAGUGUUGCGCUGAAAAUGCGUAAAUUAGUUUGGCCACGUGAACAUCUUUUCGAACAUAUACAUUUAUAUUCGCUAAAUGAUUUACAACAGAUAAAUAAUAAUAAUAAUAAUGUAUUGGCAACAACCUUACGACAAGUAAUAACAUUUGCAAGGAAACAUAUUCAAGGUUGUAAUCUUUGUAAAUUAAAAGGAUUUUAUUGUGAAAUAUGUAAAAAUUCGGAAAUACUUUAUCCAUUCGAUACCGGAACAACAAAACGUUGUGAUAAAUGUAAAAGUGUUUUUCAUCAAAAAUGUUUUAAUGAAAAAUAUGAUAAAAAUAAUUGUCCAAAAUGUUUACGUUUAGCUAAAAAACGUAAUCAACAACAACAACAACAAUCAUCACCACCGCAAUCAUCAACAACAACAACGAUUACAUAACAACAAUUUUUUAAUUUUCAAAAAGUGCUCAUUUUUGACUUAUAAUUUACUUAUUUUAUCUUUAUAAACUUA